AUUUAGGUACCCUCAACCUCGAUAUAUUGGUAUUAUACCAGUUGGAGCGAGCGCAGACAUGGAGGACGAGGAGCAACUCUGCGAGGCGGCGAGAAAUGGCGACACAGACAAGGUGAGAGCUCUCAUAGAGUCCGGAGCUGACGUCUCUUACUUCGAUGGCCACGGCUUAAGCCCUCUGAUGCACGCCGCCAAGCACGGCCACGCCGAUGCGGUGAAGUGCCUCCUCGAAGCCGGCGCACCUUGGAACGCUCUCUCUCCUUCCAACCUCUCCGCUGGCGACUUCGCCAUGGAUUCAGGCCACCAAGAAGCCUUCGACGUCCUUCUCAAUGCCGGGAUACAGGCUGAGUUGAUCCUUGGAACAAUUGCUAGAAGAUCAAACCCAAGUGAUGAUACUAAUGGUGACUACUUGGAAGAUAGAAUUACUUUUAGUGAGGAUAAGCUAAUGGACUCCAAUAGCAAGGCUAUCAUGAUGGCUUGGGAGAAACCACUAAUGGAGGCGCAUGCAAAAGCUGUUUGCUCAGGAGGCAAGCACAUACUGAACAUUGGAUUUGGAAUGGGCCUCGUGGAUAAUGCCAUACAACAAUAUGCACCUAUUAAACACACUAUUGUUGAGGCUCACCCAGAGGUUUAUGGCCGCAUGCUUCGUUCUGGGUGGGGUGAGAAGGAGAAUGUGGAGAUAAUAUUUGGUCGUUGGCAGGAUGUCCUUCCGCAACUCGAAUCUUAUGAUGGUGUAUUCUUCGACACUUAUGGGGAGUAUUAUGAAGAUAUGAGAGAGUUCCACCAACAUCUUCCUUCAUUGUUGAAACCUGGUGGGAUCUACUCAUUUUUUAAUGGCCUUUGUGGAGGUAAUGCCUUUUUUCAUGUUGUUUACUGUCAGUUGGUUUCUCUAGAACUUGAGAGCUUGGGUUAUUCCACACAGUUAAUACCCUUGCCCGUAAAGGAUUGUUUGGGAGAAGAAGUUUGGAAGGGCGUGAAACAUAAAUAUUGGCAAUUGGACACAUAUUACCUCCCUGUUUGUCAGUCUAUACAGGAUUCUGAAUGAUGCUUGGGUCCACACUAGUUUUUCUUGAUCUUCAACAUGUUUAAUCAGUGGACAAGCCAGUACGUUUUACUAAUCAUAGUUCAAGUUUAGAUGGUUAGAAAAUUUAUGGGAAAUGAUCCUUGAGAGAUCUUGUGCUCUCUUAUGGCUGUUUUGUAGUGUAUGACCUUGUGAGUGCAUGCUCUGGAGGUAACUGAAACUUGGUUUUAUUAUAUUCAUUUUAUUAGAUCAAGACCCAAGAAUGAGUUUAGCAUUUA